AUGGCCAUGCCAGGCCCCAACCCCCAGCAGAUGGCGGCCAUGCAACAGCAGUUCGCCGCUGAAGCCGCUAAACGAGGGAUGACACCCCAGCAGUUCGCUGAAAAGCAACGUGAACAGCUGGCUACCGAUGCUGCGAAGCUUGGUCUGACUACUGAAGAAUAUGUCCAGCAGCUCCGGAUGCGGGCAAUGCAAGCCCACCAGCAGCAACAGCAGCAGCAGCAACAACAAGCUCAGGCACAACAGGGUCAACCCGCAGCGGAAGGACAACAACAACAGACUCAGGCGCCCGCGCCCCAACAGCACCAGCACCAGCACCAAACCACACAGCAGGUCCCUGUGAACCCGAACAACCCUCCCGACCCGAAGGCGAUUGCCGUGGCCAACUGGCUGCGGUCGCAGAACCUCAAACCACGCACAUGUAUCAUGGAUGGACAGCGCAAGGACAUGUUUAAGGGUGAGACAUUGUCAGAGCCCCAAUAUUUUGAGAGCAGAGAAACUAACAUAGCAAAAAAAGUCAAGCGAGCCAUCCGAGCUAUUGAAUCCCCCGCCUAUGCCAAAGCCGCCGCAAAGAAAAACUCCCUCCUUCCUCCUGUGACCGACCGCGCCUCUGCCGAGAAUGUAUUCAAGCUCUUGCCGCUUUCCCUCUUGGCUCUCCGAGUCAGCAAGGUCGACCCGCACGCUGGCCAUGACCACGCCAAACCCAAGAACCGUACCAAGGGACUGUGGACCGUGAAGAUUGAGCAGCACCAGGAGACUGAUCCUAUGAUGCAUUAUGUUUGGCUGUACGAUGGCCCACAAUGGAAGCAGAAGGCCAUGGCCGCUGCUGUUGUUGCGGGUAUCUUUGCUGUUGUUCUAUUCCCUCUGUGGCCUAUGAUGCUGCGCCAGGGAGUAUGGUAUCUGAGUGUUGGUAUGAUGGGACUGCUCGGUCUCUUCUUCGCCAUGGCUAUCUUCCGUUUGAUUCUGUUCUGCAUUACGGUCUUUACUGUCGCGCCGGGUCUCUGGCUGUUCCCCAACCUGUUUGAGGAUGUUGGAUUCUUCGACAGCUUCAAGCCUCUAUGGGGCUGGCAAGAGACAAAGAAGAGCAAAAAGUCCAGCAAAUCCAAGGCCAAGGUUGGGUCUGCCUCUGCAGUCACCGAAGCUGCUCCCUCAGUACCAGCACAGUCUCCCACUACGUCCUCUGCAACCAAGACCCCUGCAGUCUCAACCUCCGCCGAGCCCGCUGAUUCUGCAUCCUUGGCGAGGCGAAAUAUGAAAGCUCAGGUGGAGGAAGUCGAGGAGUAA